UUUAUAUCCCCCUUUUUUUUUAGGGCUUCUUUCUUUAACAUAUAUCAAAUGGAAGAGCUUAUUCCCAUAUUUGUUAAAAUCGGUCUAUCCGAACAAAAGGCUAAAGACACAGCUAAAAACAAAAAAUUAGCGCCUACUUUGGAAGCAGUUAUUAAUGAAGCUGGCGUACGUGAAUCAGGAUGUAACAAGGAUACUGGCAUCCUUUUAUAUAAUUUGGCAUCUACAGUUACCAAAGACGCCCUGCCACAUCUUGCUUUUAUUGUUGGUAAAGUGAUGAACGGAGAUUUGAAGACAACAGAUCAAAUUCAAGCUGCCAUCAAGUUUUGUGAAGAAGGCUUUAAAGAAGAAGAAUUUGAUACUGCGACUGGUGUUGGUGUUGUCGUGACUCCCGAGGAAAUUAAACAGGCCAUCAGUCAAUACAUUGAAGCUAACAAGGAUAAUAUCGUCAGCAAUCGAUACAAGACAUUGGGUCCUACAUUGGCCAACGCCAGACGCAUUCAAUCUCUUCGUUGGGCCGACGGAGGCAAGAUCAAAGACGAAGUUGAAGCACAAUACCUUGCUUUAUUAGGACCCAAGGAUGAACGUGACGCACCCCAAAAGAAAAAGAAGGAAGCCAAACCUGCUGCUGAAUCCAAAAAAACUGAAAAAGUAGAGGAAAAGAAGGCUGAUUUGAGUAGAAUAUUUUUUGAAGGUGAACUUGGAAAAUUGCACAAGCCUGGAGGCAACAAACAGAUCAAACCAGAAUUAAUGGAAGAACACUUAAAGACAACAGGAGGAAAGGUGGUUACCCGUUUUCCACCUGAACCAAACGGUUAUCUCCAUAUUGGUCAUGCAAAGGCUAUCAAUGUCAACUUUGGUUACGCAAAAGCCCAUAAUGGUAUUUGCUAUCUUCGUUAUGAUGACACCAAUCCCGAGGCAGAAGAAGAAAAAUAUUUUGUUUCUAUUUUGGAAACCGUGAGAUGGCUCGGAUUUGAACCUUACAAGAUUACGUAUUCUAGUGAUUACUUCCAAGAGCUCUUUGACUUGGCUGUGAGAUUGAUCAAGAAGGGAUUGGCUUAUACCUGUCAGUGUACACCUGAAGAAAUCAAUGCCUGCAGAGGAGGUAAAGAUCAUGGUGAACGUAGAGCUUGUGUACAUCGUGAGAGGCCCGUAGAAGAAACAUUGGAUCAAUUUAUGAAGAUGAAGGAAGGUCGUUACAAGGAAGGAGAAAUCACGCUUCGUAUGAAGAUGGACUUGACAAAUGGCAAUCCUCAGUUCUGGGACUUGAUCGCUUACCGUGUCAUGUACACUCCUCACUAUCGCACACACGAUAAAUGGUGUAUCUACCCUACUUAUGACUUCACUCACUGUCUCGUCGAUUCAUUUGAAAACAUUACACACUCACUCUGUACAACCGAAUUCAGACAGUCCCGUGAAAGUUACUACUGGUUAGUAGACGCUGUUGAAGUAUAUAAGCCUGUCCAAUGGGAAUAUGGUCGUCUGAACGUCGCUGGUACUAUCAUGUCUAAGCGAAAGAUUUUGAAGAUGGUCAAUAAUGGAUAUGUCAGUGAUUGGGAUGACCCUAGGCUCUAUACUUUGGUCGGUAUUCGCCGACGUGGUGUGCCUCCUGAGGCCAUCAAUAACUUUGUACUCGAGUUGGGUGUCACAACCAGUUUGACUACCAUCGAUAUCGCACGCUUUGAUAACAAGGUUCGUGAAUAUCUUGACCGAACUGCGCCUCGUUUGAUGGCCAUUCAAGAUCCCGUCCGAGUCGUGUUGAAGAACUUGCCUGAUGACUUUGUUGAAGAAGUAGUUGUUCCCAAUAAGCCUAGAGAUCCUGCCAUGGGUGAACACAAGGUUCCAUUUGCCAAGGUUGUUUAUAUUGACCGUUCCGAUUUCCGUGAAGAAGAUGCCAAGGGUUACUUCCGUCUCGCACCCGGUAAAUCCGUUGGUCUGUUAUACGCCAAGCGACCCAUUCACUGUGUUGGCUAUAAGAAGGACGCUGACGGUAAAGUUACUGAAAUAGAAUGUGUUUAUGAAAACGAAGGCGAAUUUAAGAAGCCCAAGACCUAUAUUCAUUGGGUUGCCGAGUCACCUCAACACAACUCACCCGUUAAGAUUGAUGAACUCCGUAUCUACGAAAGACUAUUUAAGCAUGAUAACCCUGAUAGUACUGAAGGCGGUUAUUUAAAUGAUAUCAAUGAACACUCAUUAGACAUCGUAAAGGGGGCUAUUGCCGAAGUGGGUAUCUAUGAUCACAUUGCAGAUUGGGUCAAGAAGACAGGAGGCAAAGAUAAAGAAAGCAUGCGUUGGCAAUUCACACGCACAGGAUAUUUCUGUUUAGAUAAAGAUACUGAGUUAGAUGCAGAAUUAAUUUGCGCAGGCAAAGUCAAAGAAGGAUUGAGCAAGAUUAUUGUUAAUCGCACUGUUUCGCUCAAAGAAGAUUCUGAAAAACAAUAAAAAAUGAAGUUUUAUUAUAUGAAUAACACAAUC